GAGAAAGAAAUUAGUCGGUAAUGGUGCAGUCACCAUGAACCAGUCUUCUUUAGACAACAGGAUUAGAGACGUGGUUUUACUAGAUACAACUUUGGAGAGUUCUCUUGACUGGACGAAAUAUCCCUACGGCCCCCAAGCAAGAACUCCAGGGUGGGUGGAGGAAAGUUUCACGAAUUUCGAGCAAGGGAUCAAUUGGAGAUCGUUUGUUGUUUGUGAUGUCGCCUACACAAACGUUAAUAACUGGUUAUGGACGCCUUUUAUUGAGCGUGGCGACGCCAGUCGGAUGUACAUCGAGAUCAAAUUCAGCAUGCGUGACUGCAACCUCUUUCCAGGCAUGGCUUUAUCAUGUAAGGAAACGUUUUCUUUACUUUAUUACGAGUUUGAUGCUGCAACUAAAGAACCGCCACCAUGGGAGCCCGAGUCCUACAAACUCGUCGAUCGUAUUGCGGCCGAUGAGGGGCGCUUUACAUCUUCUAAUGAAGUCAUAAUCAACACUGAAGUCCGAAGCAUUCCCGUUACCAAAAAGGGUGUCUACUUUGCUUUCCGCGACCAGGGAGCAUGCUUAUCGCUAAUCGCCAUUAAAGUUUACUAUGUUACUUGUCCUAACAUGACAAGGAGUUUUGCUUUUUUUCCGGAUACCUCUACCAGUGAACAGGUAACGGAAAUCGUUGAAGUGGAGGGGCAGUGUGUUCCAAAUGCAGAAGUCGUAGAAGCUCCUAAGAUGCUUUGUAAAGGAGACGGAAAUUGGACACUGCUUUCUGGAGGCUGCAAAUGCAUGCCGGGAUAUGAAGCUGUUGGCCAGACCUGUGAAGUUUGUCCAAAAGCGACAUUCAAGUCAACAAUAGGAGACGAAAAGUGCGCCACUUGCCCAGCCCGUAGCAGCGCCCCCUAUAAGGGAUCAAUGGAAUGUCGUUGUGACGAAAAUUACUUCAGAGCACUGAAAGAUCCAAAACACAUGCCCUGUACUCAGCCACCAUCAGCGCCUCGGAAUUUAACCGUCAACUUCGUAGAUCAGUCAACAGUCAUCUUGUCUUGGCAGGCACCAAGUUACGUAGGUGGACGGACAGACACGAGCUACAGGGUUACAUGUGAUGCAUGUGGAAAUGCCGUUUCUUAUGUUCCUGCUCAGGAAGGAUUCAACGACACAAAAGUCACAAUCUCUGGUUUGAAUCCAGUAACCACUUACAGACUUCAGAUUUUUGCGGAAAAUGGUGUAUCAGAUUUUAGUGAUAGCCACUAUGUUGACAUAACGGUUACUACUGAGGCGUCUGUGCCCUCUGUCGUAGCAAAUGUGCGCAUUGUAUCUGUAAAAAAUUCUGAAAUUGUGUUAGCCUGGAAACCUCCGGUAGAUCCUUUCACUAACAUUGAAAUGUAUGAAGUAAGAUACUUCCCCCGAGGCAACGAAAAUAACGCCACAGCAAUUUUGACGAAGAAGGAAAAAUCUACUUUUGCUAAUUUAAAACAAAGAACUGAAUAUGGCUUCCAGGUGAGAGCCAAGACAGCCCACGGGUGGGGAGAAUUCAGUAAAACCAUUUUUGAAUCAACUGGACCGAUUAUCGACAGUACAGCUUAUAUUGACAAUGAAGAUAAAGUUCAAGUUCGAAUUAUUGCUGGUGCCACAGUUGCUGUCGUUGUCCUUGUUGUUGUUGUCAUCGUUAUGAUUGUUCUGUAUAUCAGGAGAAGCUCUGAAGAAUGUAACAAAAAACAGCCCAGUGAUUGUGAUACUCUUGAAUACAGAAAUGGGGAAGGUAACAAAUGUAAGGUAGUACCUGCCUUGGAACACCCUCCUAUUGUCCCAACUGCUCGUAUUACUACUCCUUUGUUCACCCACUGUGGAGCAACAAGGAGCUACAUUGAUCCACACACUUAUGAAGACCCCAACCAAGCUGUAAGAGAAUUUGCUAAAGAAAUUGAUGCUCUGCACAUAACUAUUGAAGCUAUUAUUGGUGGAGGUGAGUUUGGAGAUGUAUGUAAAGGUAAACUAAAAGUUCCAGGACGACCAGAGAUUACUGUGGCUAUCAAAACCCUUAAACCAGGCUCCUCAGACAAAGCUCGCAUGGACUUCCUCACAGAGGCUAGCAUUAUGGGGCAGUUUGAUCACCCCAAUGUUAUCUACCUACAAGGUGUAGUCACAAAAAGUAACCCAGUCAUGAUCAUCACAGAAUUUAUGGAAAAUGGAUCUUUGGAUACCUUCUUGCGAGCAAAUGAUGGAAAAUUCCAGGUUAUUCAACUUGUCGGGAUGUUACGAGGAAUUGCAGUAGGAAUGCAGUAUUUGUCUGAAAUGAGUUAUGUACACAGGGAUCUUGCUGCUCGUAACGUUUUGGUGAAUUCGAGUUUAGUUUGUAAGAUAGCUGAUUUUGGUCUCUCUAGAGAAAUAGAAAGUGCAACAGAAGGAGCAUACACCACAAGGGGAGGAAAGAUCCCAGUGAGAUGGACAGCCCCUGAGGCCAUUGCCUUCAGAAAGUUUACAUCAGCUAGUGAUGUCUGGAGUUUUGGUAUUGUCUGUUGGGAAGUGAUGUCAUAUGGAGAACGACCAUAUUGGAAUUGGCCUAACCAAGAUGUUAUCAAGAGUAUUGAGAAAGGUUACAGACUCCCCCCACCUAUGGAUUGUCCAGAAGCUUUGUAUCAGCUUAUGCUAGACUGUUGGCAGAAAGAUCGAUCACAUAGGCUGACUUUUGCAACAAUUGUAAAGACCCUCGACAAACUGCUCAAGUGCCCUGAAAGCCUUCGGAAAAUUGCACAAAACAGACAAAAUCCACUGGACCCCAAUGCUCCUGAUAUGACUCAAUAUAAGACAGUUGAAGAGUGGUUAAACAGCAUCAAAAUGAUAAGAUACCUUGAGAACUUCCAGCAGGCAGAAAUUACUUCGAUGGAGUCUGUAGCAAGACUUACUCUUGCUGAUAUUACUUCUCUUGGUGUAACACUUGUAGGCCAUCAAAAAAAGAUGAUUGGUAGCAUCCAGACUCUUAGGGUUCAACUUAGUGCCAACUCAUCUGAAGGACUUCUUGUUUAGAGAAGUAAAUGUUGCAAGUACUUGACCUGUCACUUGAGUUUAUUUCUAUCUUUGAGAAAAAGCCUUGUGGACUUACUGUUCCACUUGCUGCCAUUGUUUUUGAUGUGGCAAAACUGAGUUAGUGCUUGCUCCCACUCAAAGACUAAAGCAACUGUGAUGAACUUAAGGGGAAAAAAAAUGAUUCCAUCUGUGUAGCUAAAACAUAUGCAAAGAAAACUUGAUUUAUUGAAUCUGUAUUAAAAAAACAAAAACGAAGAACAUGAGUGAUGUAAGAAAAAGUUCUCUUUAGUACAGCAGGAAAAGGUUGUUCUCAAAGAAUUAUCUAACUAUGGAUUCCACCAAAUUCAUUAUGAAUGCUAUCUUGUAGUGCUACAAAUCUGGAUCUCACCUACAGCUUACACCAGAAUUUUAAACAAAUCAGCUCAACUUUUCUUGACGAAAAAGGUCUAAACUUGAAAGACAUACAAGGCUAGACAUAUCAGACUGUAUUAUAAAAACGUAAGUAACCAUAUCAGUUAAUGAAGGUUGUCAAGUACUUAUACCCCACUAUUGCUUUGUUUUAAUAAAAAAUAGAGGUCAGCACCAAACCAGAAAAUUUCUUUGUAGUAUGCGAGAUGGAAAAGCAGUUUUUUUUUUAAAUUAACAAGCUUAAAAAAAAAAAGAAGUCAUCUAGAUGUUGCAGAGAAAAACAUAAGAGCAGUAGUACCAAGUAAUUCAGAGAGCACCUCUCUCGUUCCAGAUGUUUUAUGUAAUGUGUCAACAUAUAGACUGCUUUUAUUAGUUGGUUGUAAAAUCGUAUAUGGUGCUUAUUAAUAUUUAUAAUGUGUAUUGCCAGUUUUAAUUUUAUCAUUUACCUAUUUUUACUGGAGUGCACAAAUAUUUCUUUUUGCAUUUCCUGUUAAGAUUUUUUACUUGCCAGUAGAAUAAUGGCAGUGCUAAUCUAUCAAAGUAAGAUGGUUACACAGGUUUAAAAUGUAUGAGAGAAGAAAGAAAAAUGUAAGUCAAAGUUUGAACAUUUACUAGUGGUUUUUACUCAUGUCGAACAUUUACACAUAGUAAUAUUACUUAGUUUAACUUAAUGUGAUAUGGUAUAAUGUUGUGGGCCUACAAGACCCUUAAUUUUUAAAGUUGUAAGGUCACAACUUUUUUUUCUAAGAUAGUUACUGGAAGUGAAGAUACAGUUUGUUACUUUUGUUAAUUAAGGUUGCAAGACAACGAAAUUGGAAAAUGAAGUGAAUGAUACACAGGAUUUUCAUGUUAAUGAUGGUUAAUUUAUUGCUUGUUUUUCUUGACUGAUAGUGUUUGAAAGUUGGUACGCUAAGAGUGAAGACUUUGUAAAAUAAAUUGUAAAAAAUUCUUGUAAAAUAAGUUUACCACCAUAAAACACAUACUUAAACACAAUUUUGAAGCAUAUAAAAUUUCUUGUGGUAUAUACAUAAAUAUAUAUAUAUAUAUGUUACAUAAACACAUCUUUUGUGGCAUUAUUAAUAUAUGAAACAUGGGUUAUAAAGUUACUUGGCAUAUAUUAGGGUUACGUGGCUCUGUAACCUAAGUACUAGCUUCUGUGUGUGUGGUAUGUAGUGGGGCUAGUCAAUGCUUCUUUUUUAACUCUGUAUGGUCAUUACUGUAAAAAAUUAAUUUUGAAACAAAAGGUUAGUCAUAACUUUUUAGACUAAUAAAAAAUAGGAUUUUGAUGGCCCUUAACAAAUGCUUAUAGCUGAAAGUGCACUGUUAAAUGUUCUAAGGUACCAUUUAUGUAAAGAUUACAAAAUGUUAUAGCUGUCUAGUAUAGUAUUUACAUUCCUGUAUAGCUGAAGCUUCUGCUUUUUUAUAAACCAUUUUUUAAAUACAUUAUCAUAAAUUUUAAUUGACCCUUUAACCAUACAUCAUUCUGUUUGACUAAUUCAUUGGUGUGAAUUCUUAUUUUGUUGUUCCAAACCAUUUCAGGUUUUACAAUAUUUCUUAACAUUGUAUAAUUUCAGAAAGCAGCAUCUCAGAUUUAUUUUAAAGUUAAUGAUUUUACUAACUAUACUACUAAAAAUCAAUCCAAAUAACAGGCAACUGUUCAACCAAGUCUGCAACUUACAGGUUUGUCAAAUGUUUGAACUUGAAACUUUAUUUUAAAUAACAUAAUAAAAUAGCUAAUGUUGAAAGUGUGUUGAUGCUGCAGCUAAAAAUAUACAAGACAAACAGGAAUAAAAUUCUAAUUUAGGUACACUAAAGAGAAAUAUUUAACUUGGUAAAAGAUAACAAAGUUGACUCUUCAUUAUAUUUUAUUGUUUAUGCUAACCUAAUAAAUAUUUUACUAAGAAACAAAAUAUAGAUUUGCAAUAAAGAAACAAUGCACUGAGAUAGGCUUUCAUUUUACAAAGUAUACUUUUUUUACAAUCAUGAUAAUUCUAGAUUAUUACUGGGGAAGUUAUCAUACCUAAAACUCGGUUUUAAAAACACAUUUCAUGUUACAUUCAGUUUAUUUAUUUACAGGAUAAAAAGUUUCAAAAUCCAUUCUGAGAAGUAUUUUUUUUGAAGGAGAUAUAGGAUGUAUUAAAACUAUUAAGUGGUAUUAUCACAGGAAAGAUAACAGAUUUAAUCUAUCACUUGUUUACACAAUAUUUUGCUGGGGUUUUAUUAACCUAUGUAUGGUUUUGUAAAAUGGGUAGAAGCACAAAAAAUAUCUACUUUUAACCAGUAACAGAAUGUUAAAUACUAAUAAUUUAAAAUUACUGUAACAACUAAUACCAUGAUAAUUCUUUUGGGAAAUUUAAAUGUACAAUUUUCAUCAACAACCUACUUUAUAAUAUUGAUGCAAAGCGUAGCAUUUGUUUCAUUUUAAAAAAUAUUAUCACUUAUUUCUUUUGAUCUACUAAGCAGAAACUGAAACUUUUUUUUACUGGCUAUCAAGAUACUGUAACUAGAAAAAAUAGUUUAAAAAUUACAUUUUGUUAUUCAAUCCAACCAUAAAGAAUUGUUUUUGUAAAAUGUUACUAUGAAAUGGAUAUUUCCAGGUAUAAUACA